CCUCAGUUGUAAGAACAGAAAUCUAACAUAAUUUUCUAUAUUAAAUUAAAUUCAUCAUAUCGCAUUUUCUCUCUUGCUUCUUUUUUGUGAGUGUUAUUCAAGCAGUGCAGCAGCAUGUCAUUGUUUUACAAGCACAUUCUUAUUUUAUUUUAAUCAGCAUGAGCAGUGAAUAAUUCUCUAAAUUCUCAAAGAUGAGUGUUAUGAAUAUAGUAUCAACAUCAAUUCUUGCCUUUAUCGUUAUUGCUAUUGUUUUUGGCAAUGUCAUGACCAUUCUGGCUGUAGCUAGAACUCCUCAAUUGCAGACAAUAUCAAAUCAAUUCAUUUUGGGACUUGCAGCGGCCGACUUAUUGAUUGCAUUUGCUUUACCGUACAAUGCGGCCAUGGUUUAUUACGGAAAAGGACCCAGGGGUGGCGAUUAUUCUGAAUUUUUGAUCCAGUGUGUUUCACCUCUAAUACCAGCCUUAAUGUCUGGAAUCGCGACAAAUAUUCACUUACUCUUGAUUUUCAUGGACCGUUUCUUUGCGUUAAUCAACCCUCUCAAACGCCGCAAAUUUAUGACUAAAAAAAAAGCUCGAAUCGCCAUUGGCUUUGUAUUCCUCUACGCAACAUUUAUAGCGUUUAUAAUGAUACUUUGGAACAGAAACCCAUUUUGGGCCUAUGACCCCCAUUACUAUAUUAGAUUAUGUGAUUUCCAUGCAAUGGACUUCAAUUACUUCCUUUUCUUCUUUUUCAUACCAUUCAUAGCUUUGGAAGUUGUAUUCUUUGUUGGCUAUGGAAAAGUAUUUUUCAUUGCCUGGUCGAAGUCAACCACCAUUUACAAGCCACUGAAGACGGUUUUCUUGAUAUUGGGUUGCUAUAGCGUUUUCUGGAUUCCAUUAAUGAUCAACAUGUUUCGGGAGCUAUAUGUUGUCCAUAACGCUUCUAACAAAGCGGAUCUCAUUAAGUAUUUCAGAUCAAAACAUAAUUUUGGAGAUAUUGCCUUCCUACUGAUGUGCUGCAAUUCGUUUAUGAAUCCAAUAAUUUACGCGUGUCAAUCUACUCACUUUCGAGAAGCCUUUAAACGGAUUCUUUUUUGUCGGAAAAAUGUGGCUCAAUUUCACCUAACAAACAUAAGAAGUCAUCAAACUCCAAACGUUCAUGUUAUUCCAGUGUCGGAGGCCGAAAUUUCGUCCGAAAAAUCAUAAAAA